GGGACAUAUAAAUGGAAAAAAAGGGAGUAAAGAUAAUAAAAAAGGUUGAGCUUGAUACUAGCACGCCUGUAGAUGUAGAGAAAGGCAUGAAGAUUGUCAGCCCAGAACUGUUCUUUAAGUUGCUACCAAGCUAUGAAGAUUCAUGAUUUUUAGAAAAUCUCUUUUAUAUUGCAUUUGCAGUCCAGGUUGGCAACUAUGGAGCUAUGAUGCAGAAAGCUCACUCUAUUAAAGGAAGUGGAGGCUACGCAGGCGCCUCUAGAGUCUGCCUUGACUGUUACUGGAUUCAAUACUGGUUUGAAGAGCGCAAGUACGUUAAAAUGAUGGAAAGCUACCUUCAAUUAGUCGAACAUGCAGCACAAUUCCGAAUUCACUGGAGAAAAAUAUAUUAUGAACACCUGAAAGAGCCCUAUUUUGAAGCACCAGAACACAUUAAGGUCCCUCUUCCCUUUGGAUGGAGGUUGGAGAGACUUUCUGAAGAGGAAUUUAAAGUCCAUUAUCCGGACGAUUACCUUGACUUAGCACUCGAGGCAGAAAGAACAGGAAAGAAAUAUAUAAAAUAAGAAAGGUGAUGAAUUUGAAAUACAAUAUGACAAUCUGAGUGAGGAUUCAUCACCAUUUCCUAGUAGCGAGAAAUCAGAAGAGAAUGCUCCUUCCUUAUACGAAUCAUUCUCUAAGGCUCAUCUGCCUGUCUACUUCAACCCUUACUUAGCACCAAGUGACGAUAGUGAUCUUGAUGAUCUGGACUUUGGCCAGUCAAAAAUAAAGGUAAACCCAAAGAGAAGUAUGCCUUUGAAAGAGAAUAAGAAAAAUAAGAGUAAGUAGUAUCUGUUCAUUCCUUUACCCUGUCUAUAUAGCUUUUGUGAAGAAGGUAAGUCUAAUUAAUGUUCAAAUGACAGAUCUCCCUCCCAAAUUCUCCUCAAAAUGUUCCUAAGGAUAUUAAUAGUAAGACAAAUAUUAAGAAGACAUUGGGGAUCUUCAA